CUCUCUCUCUCUGCGGUGUCCGCCUGCUACAAAACAACCAAGACCCCGGAACACAGAACCCGCACGAGGACCGGGACCGGACCGGACCUGGGGGGCACAAGGAGACACCAUGACAGAAAACACCAAAACCCACGUGAUCCUGCUGUCCUGCGGCAGCUUCAACCCCAUCACCAAGGGGCACCUGCACAUGUUCGAACAAGCCAGAGAGUAUUUGCACCAAUCGGGACGCUUCAUUGUGAUCGGAGGAAUCAUCUCUCCGGUGCACGACUCGUACGGGAAGCCUGGUCUGGUGCCCAGCAGACAUCGUCUCACCAUGUGUCAGAUGGCGGUCCAGUCCUCUGAUUGGAUCAGGGUGGACCCCUGGGAGUGUUACCAGGACACCUGGCAGACGACCUGCAGCGUGCUGGAGCAUCACCGAGACCUCAUGAAGAGAGUCACCGGCUGCAUUCUGUCCAACGUCAACACGCCAUCGUCGACUCCUGUGAUUGGUCAGCCACAGAACCAGACUCCACCCAUCUACCAGAACCACAGCAACAUGAAUCACAAGCCCACAGCCAUCAAACUGUGGGGGAAGGUCAGCGAGAGCUUUGGAAAGAUCUGCUGCGUCCGUCCUCACCUCGACCGCUUCACCUUCGUCGAUGAAAACGCGAACCUGGGGACCGCGAUGAGGUACGAGGAGAUCGAGUUACGCAUCUUGCUCCUGUGUGGCAGUGAUCUCCUGGAGUCCUUCUGCAUCCCUGGUCUGUGGAAGGACAGUGAUAUGGAGGUGAUCGUGGGGGACUUUGGGAUCGUGGUGGUUCCUCGUGACGGAGCCGACACGGAGAGGAUCAUGAAUCACUCCUCCGUCCUCCGCAAGUUCAAGGACAACAUCACCAUGGUGACGGACGGGAUGAGCCACCCGAUGUCCGUCGUCAGCUCCACCAAGAGCAGACUGGCCCUGCAGCACGGUGACGGCCAUGUUGUGGACUACCUGAGUCAGCCCGUCAUCGACUACAUCCUGCAGAGUCAGCUAUACAUCAACGCCUCCGGGUAGAGACGUCAACCUGCAUGAGAACAGGGAGAGUGUGUGUGUGUGUGUGUGUGUGUGUGUGUGUGUGUGUGUGUGGGGGGGGGGGGGGGGGGGGGCUACCUAUGACAUAUAUAAAUAUAACACCCAACCCCAGCCCCCUAAAAAAACUACAACUAAAACUUCCUUCUCUGUCUUCUGUGUCAAACAUAUACUCUUCUUUGAGCUUUAGUGUCAUGUGACGUCACCAUCAGGGAGGGGGGGGGGGGGGGGGGGGGGGGGACCCUAAGGGCUGCACACGUCUCAUUGGUGUAUUUCUCCACUGCGAUGGUGACGGCAGUGUUUGUUUUCUGUCACACACUCAGCCAGGCUCAGCGCCCCCGGGGCAGAUGGGUAAAAAACGAGGGUUUGGGGCCUGAACCAAGGAAGGUCUCAAAGUACCCAAUUCAUUGUUUCUUACUCUCAAUUAACUUAAAUAAAACAGAACCAAGCAGGUCAAGAAAUAAAUGUCGUGAAAUGGAGUUUUUUAGAAUCUUGUUCUUUGACCUCUGACCUCUGACCCUGGUCAGCUGACUCCGGUCUGCAGCAGGAAACCGGCGUUCUUUUUAUCGACCUCGCUCAGAUGCGUCUUUCGUCUUUCCACCGUUGACGUACAAUCCGAACAAUACAAUGAAAUUAAAUACAAUCACAUUUACAAUCACACAAAAACAUUCUGAAGGAAACCCGAGUUUGACCUCCGAGCUGAAGGUCGAAGGUCGUCUCUGAACCGGAGCUUUGAGGGUGCUGAUGAUGAUGAUGGUGAUGAUGAACUUUUGUGAAACAAAUCCUCAGCAGCAGUGUUGUUGUUGUUGUUGUUGUGUUUUCUUCUUCACAUGCUCCUGUAGCUCUUCUGACCGUAGACUGCAUGCUUAGACAUGUUUGGUUCUGGCAUGAACGUUCAUCAUUUAAUAGAAUCUGAUGUGUUGUGAGUGUAUAAAUAAAUAUUUAAGAUAUAAAGUGGGGACCAUCAUC